ACAAUCCUUCGACCUAACCUUUCUUUUAUAGGCAGAACGUGUUUGUUUUGAUACGUGCGUGCUGUAAGAUCAGCCCUUAAAUUUUAAUAAACCGUGCGUAAAUAAAAUAAAAAAACGAUGCCAAAAGUGCGCAGCACUCCGGGCAAGCCCCGGACGCAGGGAUUCAAUCACUCCAACCAUUCCAUGAAUCCGGAGCGACCAACAAGUGGCCUCAAAGGUGUAGCUCACCCGCGUACCAAGGGAACGAUUAAGCGGCUACAGAUGUAUCGUAAUUUCAAGGCCAAACGUGAUCGUACUGGUAAAAUUAUUACCCCAGCACCAUUUCAGGGUCGUCUGCCCGCAGGAACGAUGGCCAGAGUGGAGCCCACUCCGAAGUGGUUCAGCAACUCACGUGUUAUUUCACAAACGGCGUUGCAAAAGUUUCAGGAUGACAUUGGCAAAGCUGUCAAGGACCCGUAUCAGGUCAUUAUGAAACCAUCGCAAUUGCCCGUGACGCUGCUGAACGAAGCCUCGAAGUAUCAGCGCGUUCAUUUGCUAGAGACAGAGAGCUUUGAUAGCGUAUUCGGGCCAAAGAAACAACGCAAGCGUGUCAGCUUAAAAGUGCGAGAUCUGGAGGAUUUGAGUCGUGCUGCCGAUGAGCAGGCUGAUCAGUAUGACUCUGCCAAAGAUGUGGAUCUCAUACGCGAAGAUACUGGUGAAAAAAAGGCUGUGCGUGAUUGGGUAUUUGGGGCAGGUCAAAGCAAACGUAUUUGGAACGAAUUGCACAAAGUUGUGGAUGCUUCCGAUGUGCUGCUACAGGUGCUCGAUGCCCGUGAUCCCAUGGGUACACGCUCCAAAUAUAUUGAGGAGUUUCUACGCAAAGAGAAACCGCACAAACACCUCUUCUUUAUAUUGAACAAAGUAGAUCUGGUGCCUGUAUGGGUGACACAACGCUGGGUGGCAAUUCUCAGUGCCGAAUAUCCUACAAUAGCUUUUCAUGCUUCCAUGCAACAUCCUUUUGGCAAGGGUGCGUUGAUAAAUUUGUUCCGUCAGUUGGGCAAACUGCACAUGGAUAAGAAACAGAUCAGCGUUGGCUUCAUUGGCUAUCCAAAUGCGGGCAAAUCUUCGGUCAUUAAUGCACUGCGCUCCAAAAAGGUUUGUAAUGUGGCUCCUAUCGCGGGUGAGACCAAAGUCUGGCAAUACAUAACGCUAAUGAAGCGCAUAUUCCUAAUUGAUUGUCCUGGUGUGGUUUAUCCGUCGGCCGAAACUGACACGGAGAAGGUAUUAAAAGGCGUAGUUCGUGUAGAGCUCGUCACCAAUCCGGAAGAUUAUGUGGAUACAGUGUUGAAGCGUGUCCGCAAAGAGUACAUUGCAAAGAACUACAAGAUUGAAAGCUGGACGACAUCCACACACUUCCUCGAGCAGCUGGCAAAGAAAACAGGUAAACUAUUGAAGGGUGGUGAGCCGGAUAUCACAGUCACAGCACGCAUGGUGCUUAAUGAUUGGCAGCGUGGCAAAUUACCGUUUUAUGUGCCACCCGAGGGUUUCGCUAUACCUAAAUCACAGGAGGGCAACUCCGCAGAAACUCAUGACGAUGAUGCAAAAUCGGAGGCACCUACAUUUGUAAGCGAAUCCGUAAAGAAGGCACGUGAAUUCAAACAAAUACAGGACUUUCGUAAAAUUCGAGUGGGUCUCGAAUACGAGCAGCAGGAUGAACGCGAGCUGGAUCACAUUGAUCUGGAGCUGUUAGAGCAGCAGAAGGCAGAGCGAGCGGCACGCAAAAAGGCGCGUCUAGUCAAUCCAGAGCAGGAGGAGGAUUCUAGUGAUGGUGCCAGCGAUUUUUAUUCGGAAGACGAAUACGAUGAGGAUUUGCAGCGUGUAGUCCACAAGAAAGCGAAGGCCAAAAAGACGCAACAGCUAGCUAUCACAUCGUCUGGUAAAUUCCGUAUUGCCAAGGUCCAGCCAGACGAUUCCGAUGAGAUGGAUGACAGCGAAGAUGAGGGUCCAUCCAGUGCCAAGGCGCCACGUCUCAAUGCCAAACAGAAACGUGCGCUGGAACGUAGCCAGAAACGCAAGAAAAUAGGCAGCAAUUUCUAUGAGACUACGAAUGUGAAAAAUCGCAAUCGCAACAAGAAAAAGGACACGUAGUUAUGUUCCUUUCUAUCUCUAGU